AAUAGCGAGCAAAUAUAAAAGUCAACAGAAGGACUUCAACACGUUAUUAACAAAAUAUUUUUACAUCGCUCAUUUUCUUUUCUAAUUGCGACAAAUAUUUGAUCCAAGUAAAAAUGUUUUCUCGAAUUGCUCGCGCUAAUCAAAUGAUCAUCCGUAACCAUGUACGAAACAUGGCUACACAUGGUGAACAUGCCCAUACACCGAAUCCCGAUUUCUGGAAAAAGGUUUUCUUCUUCGUUUCAUGUCCAGCUAUCGUUUUGGCAGGUAUCAACACUUAUUUGUUGGAAAUGGAACAUUAUCACCAUUAUCAUCGUCCAGAAUUCGUUCCUUAUGAGCAUCUUCGCAUUCGUACUCGACGAUUUCCAUGGGGUGAUGGUAAUCAUUCAUUGUUCCACAACCCAUCCACCAAUCCUCUCCCCGAAGGAUGGGAAGAAGAUGCUUCACAUUAGAAUGAUCGAUUAUACAGAAAAAAAGAAACUCGGUCGAUUGUCUUUUAGAUUUAUUUGUAA